AUGGAUUCUUCUUCUACCGAUUCUCCUUCUGUUAUAACCGAUAAUUCUCUCGCAACCUUGAAGUUGAGAUUCGAAUCAUCGAAGCAAUUCUGGAGACUCUUUCGAAGAGGCUUUAUCCGAUGGCUUAUCACAUUUGUCCUGAUAUCUCUUCUUUAUGUAACAAUUCGAGUCGUUUCAAAGGACCAAGAUAUGACUGAAGGAGAGAAGCAAUUUUUCAACGCCGUCUCGCUCUACCUGGUUCUAAUGAUUGGAAUGAGUCUUACUUUUGGAUUUGAGGCCAUGGCGAUUGAUCUAAGAUGGUGGAUUUUAAGUAGAAAGGAAAGGAGUCUAAGAGACAUCGAUACAAUUCUACACGCUGACAGCCUUACCACUGUCUCUAGCCUCCUUGGACGCAAAGUUUGGUACAAGAUUAGACAUUUCACUUGGGAUUGGGAUUUGGGCACUAUGAUCAUGUCGUGUUUACUUUGGGUUCUUCUUAAUAUCGGUGCUCAAGUGGCCAUUGCAUCUGUUGGGCUUACAUAUUCAGUUGAUACUGCUGAGAAAUUGGCUCAUAUGUCUCGUGGGAACGUUUCUUAUCCUAACAUGACACAAUUCUUUCCCGUAAAGCUUCCAAAUGGUAGAGCUUCAAUUAACAACUUGGGCGCACAACAAUAUACAGCAAACAGUUUUGGUAUGAUGGCUUUAAAUUUGUGGUCUACUACGCAAACAAUUCCUGAGCCAGCAACAAUCUAUAAAUCUGGGUUGACAGCUGAUUUGUUUGGGGUUAAUAAACGAAGUUGGGUCUUUGUAUUCAUGGAUACUUCUUCUGAUGGCUUAACUUCUGCAUAUUCGGAUCGUACGAUCGAGUCUACAUCGAGCUGUGAGAGUUAUCCUGUGUUGGAAGGAGGAAAUGGCAAUUUUACAAAUUUGAACAUAAGUAAGAAAGGAAACUCGGAGGGUUUCAAGGUUAAAGUACCAAUCGCUGCUGGACCAGAUCAAACAACAUUCUUCACAAAUCCAUUUACAACAUGCGGCGAAGGUUGUAGCAUUGUUGAAGCACUCGAGGCUUCGGCGAACGAACCUUGGUAUUAUAAAUGCAACAUUACGGUUGGCCCUGUUAUCAACGCCCAAAAUGCAAAUCAAGAAGUUUCUCUAUCACUCCGUCACAUGUCAUCAGCUGCAAUCGCUUUACAAGGCUAUGCGGCUAACCCCGAACUAAAUGAUACUCAGUAUCGAAUAUAUGUUUCUGAGUCUACUUGUGGCUAUCCGCGAAAUGGAUCGGCAGUGGAUUUUGGAUAUCAAAUAUCGUAUUUUGCUAUUGGUGCCAUAGCUGCUGCUGCGAAUUCCAACAAUCCUUCAAUAUAUGCUAUUGGAGAUCGGCCGGUUAUAGGAACUCAGCUCAAAAUUACUCAACAUGCACUUCUCUUGGGACUUUUGAUUGGUCUCGUUUCUGUACAAGCGAUCUGUUUUAUAACAACGGCGUUUGUGGCAAAUAAAGUGGUGGUUAAAGAUGAGAGUAUCUUUUCUACAGCGAGUAUACUGCGGCCGGUGAUGAAUUCUUUGGGAGGUCAUGGGAAUGUUGCGGAGGGCGAACAGAUAUGUGAUGUUCUUAGUCAUUUGAGGUUAAGAUAUACGGCUGUUCAAGACGAGAAGGAUAGGUCUGUGUGGAAAGUGGGACUUAGCAACGCUGAACGACUGAAGAGGUUUCCGGAUUUGAAAAUGUAUGAUUGA